CUGAUUCUUGUGGUGUUUGUUGGGUCGUUACUGUGAAAACAAAAAAAAAAUAUCUCUGCCUCUCUUCUGACACUCCCUCGCUACUCUCUGUCUCCAUUUUUUUUUUCAAAUUCUUUGUUUUUCUGAUCUCUCUCUUGUCUUUGAAUUCAUCGCGAUCUUCUCCAGCUCCUUCAGACAACUUUACCUGUCUGAUUUUUUUGAAAAUCCUCACCGAUCUGCUGUUCGAUCCAGGCAUUUUAACCGAAGUUGGGAGAAUGCUAGAUCACACCGAGAAAAUCUUCGAUUCAGAAGCCAUGACAACCAAGUUCACAUCCGUAGAUGCAACUGAAGAAAUCAACAGCAGCAGUGAUGGAGGAGGAGGUACGAUCAACGAGAAGAAGAGUUGCGCCAUUUGCGGUACUAGCAAAACCCCUCUUUGGCGUGGGGGUCCCACCGGCCCCAAGUCGCUAUGUAACGCAUGCGGGAUCAGGAACAAGAAGAAGAAAAGUACUGUUAGAUCGGAAGUUAAGAAGAAGAAGAAGAAGCAGAGUUCCAAGAUUGGUGACUCGUUGAAGCAGAGAUUGAUGGAGUUGGGGAGAGAAGUUAUGAUGCAGAGGAAGAAGAAGCUAGGCGAGGAAGAGCAAGCUGCUGUGUUACUCAUGGCUCUUUCGUAUGCUUCUUCUGUUUAUGCUUAAACGUAUCUCUCGAUCUCAUCGAUUUGAGUUUAAAUAAUUAAUUAAUUUUUAGUGUGUUUUUCAGAGAGUAUUAGCUAACGAAUUAGUUUGUGAUUUUUGUUUUGUCUUGUUUAAUUAACUUAUUAUCUGAAUUUUUUUUUGUAUUUGGUUUAUGUGAUAUGUGGUAGAAAACCGAAAGAUCAAGAAUCAAUAUGAUUUUUUCAGUCUUGUUAUAACA